CAGAUGUCUACAACGUUGAGGAACGUGCUCGGUAGCGUGUAUAUGUGUGUGUGCAGAAAACAAAGCGCAGCAAAUGCUCAAAAAGCCAAGUUGAAAAUAGCUCAGCUAGCGCUCUCCUGAACUGCCGAUUUCUUCCUUACAAGUUUGCUUCAUUCUCAUUGCUGUGAUGGCAACUCCGAGGGAGCGCGCGCUGGUCGCGAAGUCGUUGGUGUUGAUGUUACAAACACUGCGAGGCCGACAGACUACGAUUGAACUGCGCAACGAAUUGAGCGUCUGGGGCACCGUUGAAAGUGUGGACGCGUUCAUGAAUGUGGACGUGAGCAAUGCAACUGUGGUCGGCCCCAAUGGCGAGGAGAACUACGCAAGCUUCUUUGUACAAGGACGCCAAGUACGCUACAUCCACAUACCAGAUGACAUCGACAUGGCAGCUUCACUCCAGUUGCAGGACACGCGGGCACGGCAAGAUCCGGAAGGACCCGUGUCGACGGUUGUCAUCCGUACACGACUACUUCGAGAGAAGAUUCGGCGGCAAAAGCAGGACAAGCUUCUGCGCAGCACCGAAUCCUCCAAAGAACCUCACUAGAAUGCCCAACGAACUCUGGCUGCUGACUUUUGCCAAUUAAAUGGAAUAAUAGUACUCCUCUUUAACCUUCUUGGACAUUUCCGACUGUUAUGUACCUGCAUACUAAAUGUGAAAAAUGGGAAUUGCUGAGUUUCGAGUUUUGAUGUGUUUACUGCAUAAAUUCAGCAACAUUCUACUUGCAUAUGUAUAUGUCAAUUCUUUUGCAUCAUGCCUUGGAACAGAAUGACAAUCUUUUACACUACUCUCAUUUGUAACAGAGCCUGCAGCAUGCUGCCAUUACGUUUAUGUCGCAUCAACGAACUCUGGUACAUUUUUUUAUGCAUUACAAGAGCACAUAUUCAUAUUUAAAAUUCUACAACUUAAAUACUGUUUUUCAAAGCUGCCAUUAUCUUUGUAGCAAGUGUUGGACUGGCGUGUAAUGCAAGCUGUUUUCAGUUGUAAUUUACUGCACAAACAUAAGUAGCCUUUCUGUUUUGUUUGUAUCCUCGACAUGAACGCAUAUUUCUUUUCCCAUGCAGCAUGCUGCACCAUUACUCUUCGGAGCUUUCGAACAAAGCCAGCCUUAACUAUUGUAGUUUGUGCCAGACUUGUGAGAAUGGCAACUUUUUAAGGCUAGAAAAUGGUUAGUAAAGCUGCGAUUUUUCUGCAAUGUUUUGCGAGCAUAUGGAAAUAAACUGAUCAUUCAUGUACAGUAUUUGGUAGGCUGUCCGCUGUUCACAAAUAUUAAUGAGCCAGUGGUGCUGGGAAAACUGCACUUAAUUUUAUCAAAUCACUGGCUGCGACUACUGUUGGCAGCCUGGGGCAUGCAAUAGCUGUAACAUAUAGUACUUUGUUUGAAUCAUCAGCUUCUGCAUUUUUUUUGUACAAGGUGCACUGAAUGUUUCAA